CUCUCGGAGGACGCAGGCAGCCAAGCAGCUCGCGGGCGCUGCUGACCGAUGCCAAUGCAGUGCCGGGUGAUUUCCUGUAACGGGGGGGGGGAAGCGGUGUUUAUUUUUCAAAUGUAUUUUCUCAUAUGAAUUUGAUCCUGUUUUGACGGUAAGAAAGAAAGCGUGCGUCUGUGGUGAGAAAGUGUGAGAAGAACACACUUGACAACAGGAAGAGACAAAAGGACCCGCUGUGUUUUUUUCUUCUUCUCCUUCAUUUGCAUACGAGCUUAUGAUGAAUGUGAUCAUGUUAUGAUUAUUUAUGAUUAGUCUUGGAGGAUUUGGGACACGUCGAUGGAGAGUUGCUCAUUUAACAAUUUGGAGCGAGUUGUCACUUGGGAUUAAUAAUAGAGGCCUUGUUUGUUUGCUAUUAAGCAAGUGGACGGCGCAGGCGUCAGCCAAACUGGUGCGCGUGUAAACAAAGCCAGUCACCGCACAUGCUCUUUUCUCUCACCUUCUUCCUGUGGAGGAUCAUCGGACAUUUGUCCGUCAUGAUCAGCUCAGACCGUCUCACGGUGCCCGAAUACGUCAGCCGAGUCCAGGGAGGGAGGAGCGGCUCCGGGGGUGGCGAGGAGCAGCAGCAGCAGCAGCGGAGAGCGGUAUCCCCGGGGAUCCACGCCGACGUGCAAGCGGCUCUGGACGGUUCUCUCCCCGCGCUGCGUUCCGCCAUCCAGCGGCUCAAACGCGCCAAGGAAACGUCCGAUUCCGACGAGACGCGCGGGGCUAUCGCGGAGAUCUUCCGGCUGGUGGAGGAGGCCUGGGUUCUGCCCGCCGUGGGGCGUCAGGUGGCCGAAGAGAUCUGCAACAGAAUCCGGCUGGAUGGAGGCCUGGAGCUCCUGCUGCAGCUCCAGCAGACACCUGCUGUGGAGAUCACCUACGAGUCUGCUAAACUACUGGAGCAGAUACUGGUCUCAGACAACAGAGAUUACGUAGCCCGUUUGGGGUUGGGGGUCAUCUUCAACCUGACUCGGCAACAGGAAGAUGCCCAGCUGGCUCGCAGCGUGUCAGGAAUCUUGGAGCACAUGUUCAAACACACCGAGGAGACGUCCGUGCAGCUCAUCACCAACGGCGCUCUGGAUGCUCUGCUGUACUGGUGCAGGGGCACGGACCCCACCGUGCUGCGUCACUGCGCUGUGGCCUUGGCCAACUGCGCCAUGUACGGAGGCCACCGCUGCCAGAGAUUGAUGAUCGAGAAGCAGGCCGCCGAAUGGCUCUUCCCUCUGGCCUUCUCCAAAGAGGAUGAACUCAUCCGCUUCCACGCGUGCCUGGCCGUCACCGUAUUGGCGGCCAACAGAGAAAUUGAGAAGGAGGUGGUGAAAUCCGGCACGCUGGAGCUGGUGGAACCCUUCAUCGCAUCUCUGGAUCCGGACAAUUUUGCUCGGAGUUUAUCGGACAGUGCCGACUGCAUGCAGGGGAAGACGGCCUCCGACCUGCAGCACCUCCUGCCGCUGCUGGAUGGAACGAGACUGGAGGGCAAGUGCAUCGCGGCCUUCUACCUUUGCGUUGAGACCAGCAUCAAGUCCCGUCAACACAACACCAAGAUUUUCCAAGAGAUUGGAGCGGUGCAGAGCCUGAAAAGAAUUGUCAUGUACUCCAGCAAUGGCACGGCCUGCUCCCUGGCCAAGCGGACGCUGAGAAUGAUGGGAGAGGAAGUGCCCAAGCGCAUUCUGUCCAGCGUGCCCAACUGGAAGACGUGCGAGGUGCAGACCUGGCUGCAGCAGGUCGGCUUCAGCGCUUUCUGCGACCGCUUCCAGGAGCUCCAGGUAGAUGGAGAUCUUCUCCUGAACAUCACAGAGCAAGACCUGAGCACAGACCUCGGCAUGACUGCUGGCCUCUGCCGCAAGAGGUUCCUAAGAGACCUACGCGUGCUAAAAACGUAUGCCAACUACGCCACGUGCGACCCGCACAAUAUGGCUGACUGGCUGACAGAGGCGGACCCUCGUUUCCGCCAGUACACGUACGGCCUCGUGCAGUCGGGCGUGGACCGCAAUAACAUCCGAAGCCUGACGGAUCAGCAGCUCCUACACGACUGCCAGAUACUCAACGGAGUCCACCGGGCCAAGAUCCUGGCGGCCAGCCGCAAGCCGCUGAGACCCUGCAACACAGACUCCCAGCCUUCGGGACCGGAUGUGUUCAUCAGCUACCGCAGGACUACCGGAUCACAACUGGCAAGUCUUCUAAAGGUGCACCUACAGGUUCGAGGAUUCAGUGUCUUCAUAGAUGUGGAGAAGCUGGAGGCUGGGAAAUUUGAGGACAAACUGAUUCAGAGUGUCCAGCGGGCUCGGAACUUCAUCUUGGUCCUGUCUGCCAACGCUCUGGACAAGUGCAUGGGGGACACGGCUAUGAAAGAUUGGGUUCAUAAGGAAAUAGUCACAGCCUUGGCUGGUAAGAAGAACAUUGUUCCAGUCACGGAUAACUUCGCAUGGCCCGACCCAAUGUCUUUGCCACAGGAUAUGAGAUCAAUUCUCAAAUUCAAUGGCAUCAAGUGGUCGCAUGAAUAUCAGGAGGCAUCAAUAGAGAAGAUCCUACGCUUUCUCAAGGGAAACCAAGACCUCCUGGAUAGCUCCAAAGAGCAGAAGAAGAAAUGAACACAUCGAGGCUAGAAUAGCUCUUAACUGAUUCCAAAAUCCAGUGGCCAGAAGCCUUCUCCUGCUCAGCCCAUGCGCAUGUGAAGCUAACUUGACAAUGUUAAAAGCUUAUAGGAAUAAUAGAUUGCAAAGAAUAACAUGAAUUCUUUACAGAUUGUGCAUAAAAACUGUGACCCCUUAUUGUUAUUGUGUUAUCAGGUACUAUGUAUGCCUUUUUUUGGUCUCAGGAACAGUAAAUGGAUUAACACGUCAGUCAGUCAGUAUGGUUAAUAUACUCAUAGCAUCAGAAUAUCAUAUAAUCCAUGAAACUACCUGGUCAUAGUAUGUGAUCCUAUUGUCCACAGCAUUAACUUUAUCUGUUAAGUAAGUAUUGAUCGGCCAGGCAAUAUGCAUUGUUGUCCCCUCAUCUGUGUAUUUAAGGGAAGGAACUAUACUGUCCAGACAGAACUCAAAGAUAAAGUACAUGUCUAUAGACCUGUUGUCACCCACAGUUGCCAUCUACAAUGAGAAGAGGAUGGAUUUAAUUUGUCAGAUACUAUAUUUUAUUUUUCAAUUAAACCGCUACAGCCUGACAAACAUUCUGUUGAGCAUUAUU